CACCAACCCCCGAGGGCCCGGGGCACGGUGAGACAUGACGAUGUCGUACGUGCGCUUCCCAUACGAGGAGUUGGGGCCUCCGGCCAAAACCCCCAUCAAACCCGUGAAUCUGCGGACCGCCGACGAGUGGAAGGCGGACGCGAUGAUGUCCAAUUUAUAUCCGUCGGUGGUCGACAACAUCUCAGUGUUCACCCCGACGAGAACCGAGCGUGUUCGUGCGGAGAAGACCAAGCAAGCCGAGGGGUGCGACACAGGAUUGGCGCCGGUGUACUUCCGGCCCCCAGCUUCCGAACCCGCCGUGGGAGACUAUGGCCCUCUGUGGUAUGAGGACAGGGGGCGCGAGGGAAGGAAAAUCAUUGGCGCGGGUGCAAAAGCGAAGGGGAGCUCGAGGGACGGUGGUGGCGGUGGGGGACCAGAUGACGUCAGGCCGGCUGGGCUCGAGAGCAACGAGAUACUCGGAGCGAAGAACCGCACCCGAACUGGGUUGAAGCUGAAGAAAGACUGCUGGGGCAACGUCAUACCUCAGUGAGGAGACUCGAGUGGACUUUCUACGAUCGUCUUGUAAGCUAACACGUAAGAUU